AUGUGCAGGACACGCCCGGAGUCCCUCAAGGGGGACCCUGGCACUCGCCAACUUCCUAAGGGAAACCAUCCUAAGGGAUGUGCAGGACACGCCCGGAGCCUCUUAAGGGAGGCCCUGGCACUCGCCAACUUCCUAAGGGAAACCAUCCUAAGGGAUGUGCAGAACACGCCCGGAGUCCCUCAAGGGGGGACCCUGGCACUCGCCAACUUCCUAAAAGAAACCAUCCUAAGGGAUGUGCAGGACACGCCCGGAGCCUCUUAA